AUGUGCGAGAAAACCGUUGAAACCUGGCCUUGCGGGAAAAGCCGCGAGUCGGAGCCCCCGGGUGGCACGUGCUCGGUUGCCGUUGGCAAGGGCCAGAGGUGGUGCACGGUUAAGGACAAGAGAAGGACCGGGAAGUGCCAAUGGUCCGAUUAUAUAGAUUUGCUCGGCGUCCUCAACGCCACAUGCUUCCGGGAAUAUAUACUCAAAUACCUUCAAGAGCCUAUGGAAGACCCCGAGCUCGAAUACAAGCGCCCAGCUCAGGCUCUCAUGCCGCCUGGAAGAACGUGGUUUGAGGUGAUCUCAGAGAUGUGGAUGGAUGAGAGGCUCCAGGCUGCUAUUGCGAGGCUGUAUAUGUCCCGGGGUAAAAAGGAGCUUCUUUUUACUAACUGGGAGGGCCUUGUUGCAAAGGUCCCGGCGCUGAACAACUGGGAGCACCAGGAUGAAGAAGGGGAGCAACUGGUGUUGUUUUUACUCGACUCUACGGACAAGAUUCAUGAGAUUUGGGCUGCGAAGAAGAAGAAGGCGGACAUUCGUACAGCUUCAAGGGCUUCAGAAGCCAGUAUUUCCCCUGAUGCCUCACGCAAACGGGCUGUAGAGGCCUCUGUUGACUCCCCUACCGCCUCGCGGUCUCGCGCAUAA